AUGUUUCCUUGGUCUGCUGUUUUCUCCCUGGAGCCCAAAGUCCCGGGACAGCGCAGCACUGAAGAACUAGUCACAAAUACUCUAAUGUUGGAGUUGGGUGCCAUGGUGAAGCGCACAGAACGCAUCCGUCUGGAGCGGGCCACAGAGGGCCGCCGACGCCGUCGCAGCUCCUCCUCCAUGGCUGACUACAGCUGGCUGGCCAACACCCCCACCCCGCAGCCCUACCAGCUGACACCCAAUGACCUCCUGGAGCUGCAGGACCUGUGUGCGAAGAUUCCUCCUGCACAGUGUGGCCCUGUGAUCGUCAGGUUCAGGAGGUUGGUGUCGCAGAUGGCACCUGAGGUCCACGAGGUUCCCCGGCUGUUUCGCUCGGUACUACACGACUGUGUGGAUGAGAUCAAUGGAAACACUGAAGAGCACCUGCAAGACACCAUAAUUGAAAAGCAACAGCGCAGCAAGAGCCUCUCUUUCAUCACUUUCCGCACCAAAUUUCGCACGGGGCAGUUCUUCAAAGGUGGCGGCAUGAGAGGCUCCAGGGGAAAUCUGCAGCAGGAGGUGGACUGGUCAGACGAGGAGGAAGAGGGAGAAGAGGAGGAGGCCAUCAAGGCCAGGGCGAGGAAGGGAAGGAGCAAGAGCAUGCCAGAGAUCAGUCCUAUGGAGCAGAGUGCUCAGGGUUGA